AUGGAUGCUUCAAGUGAGGUGGUUGAUGCAAAUAUGUUAGCAGACUUGUUGGAGAAAAAAAUUGAGAAGGUUGGGAAGGAAUAUGUUGUGCAGAUUGUCACAGACAAUGGAUCCAACUACAAAGCAGCGGGAAGAAUUUUAAUGGAGAGGAUCCUAACUUUGUUUUGGACACCUUGUGCUGCUCACUGCUUGGAUUUGAUGUUGGAGGACAUUGGAAAGAUACAUGAAUUGAACAAAUGCAUUAAUAAUGCAAAGAAGGUGUGCAUAUUUAUCUACAAGCAUGGGAGGGUUCUUGAUCUAAUGAGAGAUAAAAUAGAUAAAGAUCUUGUGAGGUCUACUGUAACUCGCUUUGCUACCUCAUUUCUCACAUUGGCAAUCAUGCAUAAGAACAAGAAUGGUCUAAGAAAUCUAUUUGUUAGUGAGGAGUGGCAGCGUAGCAGCUUGUCUAAUCUAGGAAUUGAAGGGGGGAUGGUUGAGAGAAUUAUCCUUUCCAUGACAUUUUGGACUUCAUUGGAAAAUUGCAUGAGAGCUUCACAACCACUUCUUAUUGCUUUGAGGAUAGCAGAUGGUGAUGAGACACCUGUAGCUCCUGAGAUCAUGGCAGCCAUGGAUACUGCAAAGAACAACAUCAAGGAUUCUUUGAGAAGAAAACAACAAUUACUCCAUGAGGUACUAAACCACUUUGACAUGAGGUGGGACAACCAAAUAGAGCAAAAGUUGUAUGGGGUAGCCCUUUUCUUGAAUCCAACCAAGUUCUUUCCCAUAAGGGAAGCUGACAAAAGACAAGCUUCAAGGCUAAGGUCAAUGUUCAAUGAUGUGCUAUGGAAGAUGGUGACUGAUGAUGAUGAACAAAGCAAGAUAAGCAGCCAAGCUGAUGAUUAUGAGAGGUCAGAAGUUCAUUGGUGGGGUGCAUAUGGUGGCCUUGCAUUUGAGCUCCAAUAUUUAGUAAAUCAAAUCGUCAGUCUUUGUUGUUCAUCAUCCGGAUGUGAGCGCAAUUGUAGUGCAUUUGCUCAUAUCCAUACCAAAAGGAGGAACCGGUUAGAGCACAAGAGAUUGAACAAGUUGAUGUUUGUUAGCUACAACUGGAAGAUGACAAAUAGGUUUGAAAAGAUACAAGAGCUCGGUUCCAAAGGAAAGAAAUACAACUCGUUGGUCCUAGAAGAAUUUCAGUGGGAGAAUGAGUGGGUUGAUGGCAGUUGUGAACAAGUUCAUCAAGGCCUUGCAGCAGAUAGGAAUGAUAUAACUUGGGCUCAAGUUGAUGAAGCUGUUGGUGCAACUCAGGGUCUGAGAGGUCGUAAUUUGCCUAGGACUGCUGUUGCUCAUGCUAUGCCUACUACUACUAAGUCUACCUCUAUCAGGCAUACUUAUGGUAGGAAAAGGAAGCAUGCAAGCACAACUACAACUGAAGAUAUCGUUGAAGAUGAAGAAAGCAGUGAACAUGAUGAGGGAGAUGAAGAUUUUGUGCAGCCACAAGGUUCACAAGGUGAAUCUGAUCAAGCUUUGGAGGGGAAUGAAGAUGAUGGUGGAGGGGGCUUCCAAUUGGAUGAUGAUCUACUGCUUUAG